UUGAUGUUCGCGGAAUUGCGCUCCAAAGGCAGCAGCCCCUUGGCGAACCCGGGAGGGGGACAUGAGCGGGCGCUGACCAUGAACUGCACCGAGGCCAAGGAGAUGGACGCUGCUGCUGCUCACUUCAGCUUCUGCCAGAACCUUCUAGAACACACCGUGUCGGCUGAGAACCUCAAUUAUCGCCUGCAGAGGAAUUCGGGAAGCAGCCUGACCUGGCACGAUGGGCGGAGUCAGAGGUCCGCGGGAGGGAGGACCGUGAAACUCCUUCAGCAACCCGGAACCGAAGGCUCCCAGGGCCGGUCCUACGACCACUACGGAAUCUACCACACCAGCCCAACUCUAGGCAGCCUUACCAAGCCGGUGGUGCUGUGGACGCAGCAGGAUGUGUGCAAAUGGCUCAAGAAACACUGCCCGCACAAUUAUCUCGUCUACGUGGAGGCCUUUUCGCAUCACGCCAUCACAGGUCGGGCGCUAUUGCGGCUGAAUGCGGAGAAACUGCAGCGCAUGGGAAUUAUCCAUGAGUCUCAGCGACAGGAAGUCCUCCAGCAGGUGCUGCAACUUCAAGUGCGGGAGGAGGUUCGCAACUUACAGCUCUUAAGUCAAGCCUCUUUUGGAAACGCCUCCUAACCCAUCCACCUGUCUGGCAGCAGACUGGCGCAUCACUGUGAACUGCAUCACCUAUGAGAUGCCGAAGGAUUGUGUGGACCCCAGGUCUGGACACACCUCAAUCGCAUGCUUGGGAAUUUAGAAAGGGAGAAAUCCCAGACUGGCUCCAGGGAUGACAGGAAUGCUCACUUUCCCCCCUCCCCCUUCUCUUUAACUCCUCGUUGUCCAUGUAGAGACCAGCUGUUCUCUGGCGGAGAAUCCGUGCCGUGCAAAGCCGCCGCCACCAGGACUU